ACAACAGCUUAGCCCAUUAUGGAGGAUCCUAAUCGUAUGAUGGCCCAUACGGGCGGUAUGAUGGCACCCCAAGGUUAUGGUAUGCCUGGCCAAGAUGAUGGCCAAAAUCCCGGCAAUGAAAAUGAAGUACGCAAACAAAAGGAUAUCGGUGAAAUUCUACAACAAAUUAUGAGUAUUUCCGAACAAUCGCUAGAUGAAGCCCAGGCCCGGAAACAUACAUUAAAUUGUCAUCGCAUGAAACCGGCCUUGUUUUCGGUGUUGUGUGAAAUUAAAGAAAAAACCGUCCUCUCAAUUCGCAAUACCCAAGAGGAGGAACCUCCAGAUCCACAAUUGAUGCGUUUAGAUAACAUGCUAAUUGCCGAAGGUGUUGCCGGCCCGGAAAAAGGUGGUGGUGGCGCUGCUGCUGCCUCAGCUGCAGCAGCCAGUCAAGUAGGCUCUUCAUUGUCAAUAGAUGGCGCCGACAAUGCCAUUGAACAUUCGGAUUAUCGUGCCAAAUUGGCACAAAUUCGCCAAAUCUAUCAUCAGGAGCUGGAGAAAUAUGAACAGGCGUGCAAUGAAUUUACCACACACGUUAUGAAUCUGUUGCGUGAACAGAGUCGUACAAGGCCCAUCACUCCCAAAGAGAUUGAGCGUAUGGUACAAAUUAUCCACAAAAAAUUCAGUUCGAUUCAAAUGCAAUUGAAACAGUCAACCUGUGAGGCCGUCAUGAUAUUGCGUUCACGUUUCUUGGACGCGCGUCGCAAACGUCGUAACUUUAGCAAACAGGCAUCAGAAAUACUUAAUGAGUAUUUCUAUAGUCACUUGAGUAAUCCCUAUCCAUCCGAGGAGGCCAAAGAGGAAUUGGCACGUAAAUGUGGCAUAACUGUCUCACAAGUCUCAAAUUGGUUUGGCAAUAAACGUAUUCGCUAUAAGAAAAACAUUGGCAAGGCCCAGGAGGAGGCCAAUCUGUAUGCAGCCAAAAAGGCAGCCGGUGCCUCACCCUAUUCCAUGGCCGGACCUCCCAGCGGUACCACAACACCAAUGAUGUCACCCGCCCCUCCCCAAGAUUCAAUGGGCUAUUCCAUGGGUUCCGGUGGCUAUGAUCAACAGCAGCCGUAUGACAACAGCAUGGGCGGCUACGAUCCCACUCUCCAUCAAGAUCUUAGCCCUUGAGGACGUUAUUUCGAUAACAAAUACUAGAGCAAGA